UUUUUUUUUCUCCUAAAGACUCAUUAUAUUUUUUCCCAAGGAGCUCACAAACAGGGAAAUUCAAACUCAGUGAUCCUGUGCUGUGCUUACUUACAUAGCCAAGACCCGAUUUCUCUUAGUAAAAGUGUUUGCUCUGUUCCUUCUUUUUCUUGCUCUUUCUCUUUUUCUUCCUUAUAAGCACAAAGGCUUUAAAAACCUCAGAUCUGUAGUUCUUUUUGCUUUUUCUCGUUACUGUGACAGCAUGUAUCUCUGUUGCUGAAGAAUGAAGCAGGCAGGCUGGAGUUUUUUUAUGUUCAGUGCUUCUGGGACCACUAAAGAGAAGUCCGCAGAGAAAUAUGUACAGCGACUGUGCCAACUGAGUUUCUCGUGCUUGUUAUCUGUCACUUAUUCUGACUAAAAGGGUGAAAGAAUGAUGUGAUGGAGGUGAAUAUGGGCUGCUGGUCAGGCACACGGCCACCUCUGUCUUGCCAUGCCCUUCUGAUUUUCAAGCUUCUGGCUGCCAUUUGCCAGGCAGUUGAAGGGACAAUCCCGCUUGGCUUUCACUUCACACAUUCCACUUACAAUGCCACAGUGUAUGAAAAUUCAGCAGCCAGGACCUAUGUCAACAGUCAAACAAGAAUGGGCAUUACCUUGGCUGACCUUUCAUGGGAUAUCAAAUACAGGAUAGUGUCUGGUGAUGAAGAAGGCUUUUUUAAAGCUGAGGAAGUCGUCAUUGCUGACUUUUGCUUCCUAAGAAUAAGGACUAAAGGUGGGAAUUCUGCUAUAUUAAACAGAGAAAUCCAGGACAACUAUUUAUUGAUAGUGAAAGGGUCAGUCAGAGGAGAGGACUUGGAAGCAUGGACAAAAGUGAACAUCCAGGUUUUGGAUAUGAAUGACUUAAGACCUUUGUUUUCGCCAACCACAUACUCUGUCACAAUAGCAGAAAGCACUCCUUUAAGGACUAGCAUUGCACAGGUGACCGCAACAGAUGCGGAUAUUGGGUCCAAUGGUGAAUUUUAUUACUACUUCAAAAACAAAGUUGAUCUCUUUUCAGUUCAUCCUACAAGUGGUGUUAUCUCCUUAAGUGGCCGAUUAAAUUAUGAUGAGAAAAACAGAUAUGAUCUUGAGAUCUUGGCUGUGGACCGUGGGAUGAAACUUUAUGGAAACAAUGGAGUAAGCAGUACUGCUAAGCUUUAUGUUCACAUUGAACGUAUAAAUGAACAUGCCCCAACUAUAAAUGUAGUAACCCAUAUUCCCUUCCCAUCAGACAAGGAGCCUACCUAUGCAGUUGUUAACAUUGAUGACCUAGAUGAAGGAGCCAAUGGAGAAAUUGAAUCCGUUUCUAUUGUGGCUGGAGAUCCUCUAGAACAGUUCUUUCUGACUAAAGAAGGUAAAUGGAUGAAUGAGUACAAAAUAAAAGAAAGAAAACCUAUUGAUUGGGACAGUUUCCCUUAUGGUUAUAAUCUGACUCUCCAAGCAAAGGACAAAGGGUCUCCUCAGAAAUUUUCUGCAGUUAAACUGCUCCACAUUGCUAGUCCCAAGAAAGAAAGUAUCCCAGUGAAGUUUGAAAAGGAAUCAUAUGAUGUUUCAAUCAGUGAAUUUUCACCUCCUGGUGUGGUGGUUGCAGUAGUUAAGCUGGUGCCUGAACCACAAGGUGUGGAGUAUAGAAUGUCUCCUAGUGAGGAUGCUGAGUAUUUCAAGAUCAAUCCUAGAACAGGCCUAAUUACUACUGCUCGUUCUUUGAAAAUCGUUCAGAAGGACCUCUAUGAUUUAGAAGUGUACAUAAACAAAGGUGGCAAUUUGAAAGCACGUGUUACUGUUGGGUUAGAAGAUGCCAAUGAUCACACUCCAGAGUUCCAGCAGCCUUCGUACAGCUCGUUCAUCAACGAAAGCGUCCCUGUGGGAUCUAGCGUUUUGGCAGUUUCAGCAGUUGAUAAAGACAGGGGAGAAAAUGGAUACAUAACAUACAGCAUUGCCAGUCUGAAUUCACUACCGUUUACAAUAAACCAAUUUACGGGUAUUAUCAGCACAUCUGAAGAACUGGAUUUUGAGUCCUCACCAGAAAGCUACAGGUUCAUUGUGAGGGCUUCUGACUGGGGUUCUCCCUACCGUCACGAAAGCGAGGUGAAUGUCACUAUAUACAUAGGAAAUGUCAAUGAUAACAAACCCCUCUUUGAAAAAGUAGCAUGUCAGGGAGUGAUUUCAUCUGACUUUCCUGUUGGUGGUCACAUCACGGCUGUUUCUGCAAUAGACAUAGAUGAGUUAGAGCUUGUGAAGUACAAAAUAAUUUCUGGAAAUGAACUUGGAAUUUUUUAUUUAAAUCCUGACUCUGGUGUCCUGCAACUUAAAAAGUCUCUAAUUAACUCUGGCAUAAAGAACAACAAUUUUGGCCUUAAGAUAACAGCCACUGAUGGAGAGAACUUUGCUGAUGCUAUGUUUGUUAAUAUUUCAGUAGUUCAUGGGAAAGUGUCCUCAAAGACCUUUAGCUGUAGAGAGACCAGAGUUGCUCAGAAGCUAGCAGAAAAAUUGCUCAAAAAGGCAAAAGCUAAUGUGAAGCUCAAUUUGGAAGAUGGCUUUCUGGAUUUUUACUCAGUGAACAGGCAGGCACCACAUUUUGACAAAUCCUUCCCUACCGAUGUAGCAGUUUCAGAGGAUCUGCCAGUCGGUGCCACCAUCCUAAGGAUAAAAGCCUAUGAUGCAGAUUCAGGCUUUAAUGGGAAGGUAGUCUAUACAAUUUCUGAUGGUAAUGCAGAUAGUUGUUUCAACAUUGACAUGGAGACAGGGGUACUUAAAGUUCUUAUGCCCUUAGACCGUGAAAAAACAGAGCUCUAUCUCCUUAAUAUUACAAUUUAUGAUUUAGGAAAUCCACAGAAAUCUGCAUGGAGACUGCUGACUGUAACUGUAGAGGAUGCAAAUGAUAACAAGCCUGUUUUUCUGCAGGACAGUUAUUCAGUUAAUAUUUUAGAAAGUACAAGUCUUGGUACAGAGAUUAUCCAAGUAGAAGCCAGAGACAAAGAUCUAGGAUCCAAUGGGGAAGUGACUUACUCAGUAUUGACAGACACUCAGCAAUUUGCUGUCAACAGUUCUACAGGAGUGGUGUAUGUGGCUGAUCAACUAGAUCGGGAAUCAAAAGCAAACUACACGCUUAAGAUAGAGGCUAGGGACAAAGCGGACAAUGGCCAUCAGCAAUUCUCUGUUGUGCCUCUGAAGGUUUUUUUAGAUGAUGUCAAUGAUUGUUCUCCAGCCUUUGUACCAUCCAGCUACAACGUGAAGGUCCUUGAAGAUCUGCCCGUUGGCACUGUGAUCGCUUGGUUGGAGACUCACGAUCCAGAUCUCGGCUUGGGAGGUCAAGUCCGCUACUCACUAGUGAACGAUUACAACGGGCGAUUUGAGAUAGACAAAGCGAGCGGUGCCAUCCGCUUGAACAAAGAGCUCGAUUACGAGAAGCAACAGUUCUACAACCUAACUGUGCGCGCAAAAGACAAAGGGCGUCCGGUUUCUCUGUCUUCCGUUUCUUUUGUGGAAGUUGAAGUGGUGGAUGUUAAUGAAAAUCUCUAUACGCCCUAUUUUCCUGAUUUUGCAGUCAUUGGAUCUGUGAAGGAAAACUCACGCGUUGGUACAAGUGUUUUGCAAGUUGUCGCUCGGGAUGAAGACUCUGGGAGGGAUGGAGAGAUCCAGUAUUCCAUCAGGGAUGGCAGUGGCCUGGGCAGAUUUAGCAUAGAUGAAGAAACUGGAGUUAUCUACACGGCAGAUAUUCUUGACCGGGAGACAACCAAAUCCUACUGGUUGACAGUGUAUGCAACGGAUCAUGGCGUCGUCCCACUCUACACUACCAUCGAAGUCUAUAUUGAAGUUGAAGAUGUGAAUGACAACGCUCCUCUGACCUCUGAACCUAUCUAUUACCCAGCUGUCAUGGAAAACUCCCCGAAGGAUGUAUCUGUCAUUCAGAUCCAAGCCCAGGAUCCUGACUCCAGCACUAAUGAAAAACUGACUUACCGGAUUACGAGCGGAAAUCCUCAGAACUUCUUUGUAAUCAAUUCCAAAACAGGUCUGAUUACAACAACAUCAAGAAAAUUGGAUCGGGAACAGCAAGCAGAGCAUUUUCUGGAGGUAACCGUCUCAGAUGGGGGCACAUCGCCCAAGCACUCCUCAGUUUGGGUGGUGGUCCAGGUUCUGGAUGAGAAUGACAACAAGCCUCAGUUUCCAGAGAAAGUCUAUCAAAUCAAGUUGCCAGAGAGGGACCGUAAGAAAAGGGGGGAGCCAAUCUACAGAGCUUUCGCUUUCGACAAAGAUGAAGGCCCUAAUGCGGAAAUCUCGUACAGCAUCGUGGAUGGAAAUGAUGAUGGGAAAUUUUUUAUUGAUCCCAAAACAGGGAUGGUUUCUUCCAGAAAGCAAUUCACAGCAGGGAGUUAUGACAUCUUAACAAUAAAAGCAGUGGACAAUGGCCGACCCCAAAAAUCUUCAACUGCGCGCCUCCAUAUUGAGUGGAUAAAAAAGCCUGCGCCCUCGCCACUGCCCCUGACUUUUGAUGAACCCUUUUACAACUUCACCGUCAUGGAAAGUGAUAAAGUGACAGAAAUCGUCGGGGUGGUCUCUGUGCAGCCUUCUAACAUUCCUCUGUGGUUCGAUAUUGUUGGAGGGAAUUACGAUAGUUCUUUCGACGCGGAGAAGGGAGUGGGCACUAUUGUCAUUGCAAAGCCCUUGGAUGCAGAGCAGAGGUCAAUAUAUAAUAUGACUGUGGAGGUCACCGAUGGAACAAACAUUGCCACGACUCAGGUUCUUAUCAAAGUGUUGGAUAACAAUGAUAAUGGCCCAGAAUUCUCUCACCCAAGUUACGAUGUCACCAUUUCAGAGGACAUCCUCCCUGAUACUGAAAUUCUGCAAAUUGAAGCUAUAGACAGAGAUGAGAAAAAUAAGUUGAGCUACACUAUUCACAGCAGCAUCGAUGCAGUCAGCGUGAGAAAAUUCAGAAUUGAUCCCAACACUGGGGUGCUCUAUACCGCUGAGAGGUUGGACCAUGAAGCUCAAGAUAAACACAUCCUUAAUGUCAUGGUCCGAGAUCAAGAAUUCCCUUAUAGAAGAAACCUGGCCAGAGUCAUCAUAAAUGUGGAGGAUUCCAACGAUCACAGUCCAUACUUCACCAGUCCACUGUAUGAGGCCUCGGUAUUUGAAUCAGCAGCUAUUGGAUCAGCAGUCUUGCAGGUCACAGCUUUGGACAAAGAUAAAGGAGAAAACGCAGAGCUUAUCUACACUAUUGAAGCAGGAAAUACUGGAAACACAUUCAAGAUUGAACCAGUUUUAGGGAUCAUUACAUUACUGAAGGAGCCAGACUUAACCACAAUGGGACAGUUUGUUUUGUCAGUCAAAGUGACUGAUCAAGGUUCUCCACCACUGUCUGCAACAGCAAUUGUGCGGAUAUCUGUGACAAUGGCAGACAACUCCCACCCCAAGUUCACUCUCAAAGAAUACCAAGCAGAGGUUAACGAAAACGUGGAUGCUGGUACUUCCGUCAUCUUAAUUUCUGCAAUCAGUCAGUCCACGUUAGUUUAUGAGGUUAAAGAUGGGAAUGUGGAUGGAGCCUUUGCUAUAAACCCAUACUCUGGAGUCAUCACCAGUCAAAAAACCCUUGAUUACGAACGUGCUUCCUUCUAUCAGCUCAUUGUACAGGCAACAAAUAUGGCAGGCAUGGCAUCAAAUGCCACUGUGAACAUUCAGAUUGUUGAUGAAAAUGAUAACCCACCAGUUUUCCUCUUCUCUCAGUAUUCGGGCAGCAUAAGUGAAGCUGCUCCUGUAAAUAGUGUAGUCCGGAGUGCAAGUAACAAUCCCCUUGUGAUACGAGCCACUGACGCUGACAGUAAUCAGAACGCUUUGCUUGUCUACCAGAUUGUUGAAUCUACAGCAAAGAAGUAUUUCACUGUCGAUUCCAGCACAGGUGCAAUCAGAACAAUUGCAAAUUUAGAUCAUGAAACAAUAGCCCACUUCCACUUCCGUGUCCACGUUAGAGAUAGCGGAAAUCCCCAGCUCACAGCAGAGAGCCCAGUUGAAGUAACCAUUGAGGUAACUGAUGUCAAUGACAACCCGCCAGUCUUCAGCCAGGCCGUAUUUGAGACAGUCUUGCUUCUGCCCACGUAUGUUGGUGUUGAGGUUCUUAAAGUCAAGGCUACAGAUCCAGAUUCAGAGAUUCCUCCUGAACUAACAUACAGUCUAAUUGAAGGCAAUAUGGACCAUUUUUUAAUUGAUUCAAGUACAGGGGUACUCACCAUUAAAAAUAAUAGCCUUUCCAAAGACCAUUAUAUGCUAAUAGUAAGAGUAUCUGAUGGGAAAUUUUAUAGCACAGCUAUGGUGACGAUAAUGGUAAAAGAAGCCAUGGAUAGUGGCCUCCACUUCACACAAAAUUUUUAUUCCACUUCUAUCUCAGAGAACAGUACUAAUAUCACAAAGAUUGCUGUGGUGAAUGCUGUUGGUAACCGUCUCAAUGAGCCCUUAAAGUACAGUAUAUUAAACCCAGGCAACAAAUUUAGAAUCAAAUCCACCUCAGGAGUCAUUCAGACAACUGGCAUCCCCUUUGACCGAGAAGAGCAAGAGCUGUAUGAGUUGGUGGUUGAAGCAAGCCGUGAGCUAGAUCACCUUCGUGUUGCUCGAGUAGUGGUCAGAGUUCACAUUGAGGACAUAAAUGACAAUGCUCCAGUGUUUGUAGGGCUUCCGUACUACGCUGCUGUGCAGGUUGAUGCUGAGCCUGGUACCCUGAUAUAUCGAGUGACGGCUAUUGAUAAAGAUAAGGAUGAAAAUGGUGACGUGUCGUAUCUUCUGAAGGAAGACUAUGGACAUUUUGAAAUCGACCGGGGGUCUGGCAGUGUCAUUUUAAAAGAAGCUUUCAAUUCUGAUUUAUCUAAUAUAGAGUAUUUAGUUGUCGUUCUUGCAAAAGAUGGUGGCAACCCAUCGUUGUCUGCGUCAGUAGAACUCCCCAUUACUAUUGUUAACAAAGCAAUGCCUGUAUUUGACAAACCAUUCUAUACAGCUUCUGUGAAUGAAGAUGUAGAAAUGCACACCCCAAUAUUAAGCAUAAAUGCAACCAGUCCGGAAGGCCAGGGUAUCAUUUAUAUCAUUGUUGAUGGAGAUCCCUACAACCAGUUUAAUAUUGACUUUGAUACUGGAGUUCUCAGCGUCAUCAGUGCACUGGACUAUGAAAUAAAUUCUCUUUUCAAGCUGACGGUGCGAGCCAGUGAUGCCCUCACUGGUGCUCGAGCUGAGGUCACUGUGGAUUUGAUCAUUAAUGAUGUGAAUGAUAAUCCUCCAAUUUUUGAUCAGUCAGCCUAUAAUGCUACCUUGUCUGAAGCAUCCUUGAUUGGGACUCCUGUGUUGCAGGUUGUUGCUACUGAUGCUGAUUCUGACAAUAAUAAAAUAGUGCAGUAUCAGAUAGUCCAGGAUACCUUUAACAGCACUGACUACUUUCAUAUAGACAGCACAAGUGGCCUAAUUCUAACAGCCCGUAUGUUAGAUCAUGAACUCAUACAGCAGUGCAGCUUGAAAGUCAGAGCAACUGAUAACGGGUUCCCAUCACUUAGUAGUGAGGUUCUUGUUAGUAUCUCAAUAACAGAUAUGAAUGACAACCCUCCGGUUUUUAACCAGUUAAUUUAUGAAUCGUAUGUAAGCGAACUGGCACCUCGGGGUCAUUUUGUGACUUGUGUGCAAGCCUCUGAUGCUGACAGCUCUGAUUUUGACAGGCUGGAGUACAGCAUCCUAUCAGGAAAUGAUCGGACCAGUUUUAUCAUGGACAGCAGGAGUGGUAUUAUCACCCUUUCCAAUCACCGGAAACAGAGAAUGGAGCCCAUGUACAGCUUAAAUGUCUCUGUCUCAGAUGGGUUGUUCACCAGCACAGCUCAGGUGCACAUACGGAUCCUUGGAGCCAAUCUCUACAGCCCUGUGUUUUCACAGAGUGUUUAUGUCGCCGAGGUUAGAGAAAAUGCUGCUCCUGGAACUAAGGUAAUCCACAUGAAAGCGACAGAUGGUGAUUCUGGUGUAUAUGGCCAAAUAAGCUACUCCAUAAUAAAUGACUUCGCCAAAGACCGAUUUUUGAUUGAUAGCAAUGGGCAGAUUCUAACUACUGAGAGACUAGACCGGGAGAACCCACUGGAAGGUGAUAUUGGUGUAUUUCUGAGGGCCCUCGAUGGAGGUGGCAGGACUACAUUUUGUACUGUGAGAGUGAUAGUAGUGGACGAGAAUGACAAUGCUCCCCAAUUUAUGACUGUAGAAUAUAGAGCAAGUGUCAAAGCAGAUGUUGGGAAAGGUUACUUGGUGACCCAGGUGCAAGCUGUAGAUCCAGAUGAUGGAGCCAAUUCAAGAAUUACCUAUUCUCUGUAUAGCGAGGCUUCUGUUUCAGUAGCUGAUCUGCUUGAAAUAGAUCCAGACAAUGGAUGGAUGGUCACCAAAGGUAGUUUUAACCAGCUGAAAAACACAGUUCUGUCAUUCUUUGUCAAAGCAGUUGAUGGUGGCAUUCCUGUAAAGCAUUCUCUUAUUCCUGUCUACAUCCACGUUUUACCUCCAGAAACUAUUUUGCCUUCCUUUACUCAACCACAAUAUUCUUUCACUGUAUCAGAAGACACCCUUAUCGGCAGUACUAUUGACAUUCUGCAUGUUUUGCCUAAUCAGGGUGCUUUGUAUAGCACAGUUAAUGGAGAGUUGACUGAAAACAACAAAGAUGGGAUUUUCAUCAUAGAGCAAGACACAGGACUCAUAAAACUGGAUAAGAGACUUGACCAUGAGACAAAUUCUGCUUUUCACUUCAAAGUUGCAGCCACCAUUCAAUUAGACAAAGUAGACAUUGUAAUAACAGUGGAUGUGGAAGUUAAGGUGUUGGAUGUAAAUGACAACAAGCCCAUGUUUGAAACUGCUAGUUAUGAUGCUAUAAUAAUGGAAGGGAUGCCCAUAGGAACGAAGCUUAUGCAAGUUAAAGCAGUUGAUGCAGACGCAAGUGCAAACGGACAGGUCACCUAUACACUUGCAGUGGAAUCGGAGCUGGAAAAGAUCACAGAAGCAUUCACCAUUGACAGCAACAGUGGCUGGAUCAGCACAUUGAAGGAUCUGGACCAUGAAAAGGAUCCUGCUUUUACUUUUGCAGUUGUGGCUUCAGAUCUGGGGGACACUUUAUCCUUGUCAUCAACCACCUUGGUCUCAGUCACUGUGACAGACAUAAAUGAUAAUGCGCCCGUCUUUGAGCAUGAGGUGUACAGAGGUUCGGUGAAGGAGAGCGACCCUCCAGGUGAAGUUGUGGCUGUUCUUAGCACUUGGGAUGAAGACACAUCUGAUGUCAACCGGCAGGUUAGCUACCAUAUUACAGGAGGGAAUCCCAAAGGAAAGUUCGCUCUGGGACUAGUUCAGAGUGAAUGGAAGGUUUAUGUAAAAAGGCCACUCGAUCGGGAAGAACAAGACGUUUAUUAUCUGAACAUCACCGCUACCGAUGGCCUCUUUGUAACCCAGGCUGCUGUAGAAGUGACAGUCACUGACGUUAAUGAUAAUAAUCCAGUUUGUGAACAGGUUGCAUACACAGCACUGUUUCCUGAAGACAUUCCAUCAAACAAAGUCAUUCUUAAGAUCAGCGCUAAAGAUGCUGACAUUGGUUCCAAUGGUGAAAUUCGCUACUCUCUCUAUGGUGCUGGGAACAAUAAAUUUUUCUUAGAUCCAGAAAAUGGUGAGCUGAAGUCCUUGGCCCCUCUCGACCGAGAGAAAAUCCCUGUGUACAACUUGGUUGCCCGUGCUACCGAUGGUGGUGGCAGGUUUUGCCAAUCAGAAAUCCAUCUUAUUUUAGAAGAUGUUAAUGAUAAUCCACCAGUGUUUUCAUCUGAUCACUACACUGCAUGUGUCUAUGAGAAUACAGCCACUAAAGCUUUAUUGACAAGAGUCCAAGCCACUGAUCCUGAUGUAGGUGUGAACAGAAAAGUUGUCUAUUCCCUGGCAGACUCUGCAGAUGGUUACUUCUCAGUCGACCGAUCAUCAGGAAUCAUUAUUUUGGAGCAUCCACUUGAUAGAGAGCUGCAGUCUUCCUAUAACAUCAGUGUAAAGGCCUCAGAUCAAAGCAUUGUGCUGACCCUAUCUUCAUUUGCCACUGUUACCAUUACAGUGCUAGACAUUAAUGACAAUCCCCCUGUGUUUGAAAGAAGAGAUUAUCUUGUUACAGUACCUGAAGACACCUCACCUGGCGCUGAAGUCCUUUCUGUUUUUGCUACAAGCCAAGACAUUGGUACUAAUGCUGAGAUUACUUACCUCAUCAGAUCUGGGAAUGAGAAAGGAAAGUUCAGGAUUAACUCAAAAACAGGAGCCAUUUCCAUUUUUGAAGCUUUGGAUUAUGAAUCAUGUAAGGAUUUCUACUUAGUAGUGGAAGCAAAAGAUGGAGGUACUCCAGCCCUGAGCGCUGUUACAACUGUGAACGUAAAUGUGACAGAUGUUAAUGACAAUGCGCCAAAAUUCAGCCAGGUGGUCUACAGUGCAGUCAUCAGUGAGGACGCUGCAGUUGGUGAUUCUGUGAUACUGUUGAUAGCAGAAGAUCUGGACAGUCCUUCGAAUGGCCAGAUUCAUUUUUCCAUAGUGAGUGGUGAUCAAGACAAUGAAUUUUCAGUUGAUCCUGCUUUGGGACUUGUGAAGGUUAAGAAGAAAUUGGACAGAGAAAGGAUAUCUGGUUAUUCGUUAGUUAUUCAGGCAAGAGACAGUGGCGUCCCUCCUUUGUCAUCAUCUGUAACGGUCAACGUAGACAUUUCUGAUGUGAAUGAUAAUAGCCCUGUAUUUACUCCUGCUAACUAUACAGCGGUAAUUCAAGAAAAUAAACCAGUGGGCACAAGCAUUUUGCAGCUGGUAGUGACAGACAAAGACUCUUUUCACAAUGGCCCCCCUUUCACCUUCACCAUCCUAACUGGCAAUGAAGAGGAGGAGUUUUCGCUGGACCCUCAUGGCAUCUUGAGAUCUGCAGUCAUCUUCAAGCACAUGGUUGCAACUGAAUAUGUGCUUUGUGUGCAGGCGAAGGACUCCGGGAAGCCUCAACAGGUUUCCCACACCUACAUUCAGGUGCGGGUUAUUGAAGAGAGCAUUCACAAACCGACUGCCAUUCCACUGGAGAUUUUCAUUGUGACCAUGGAAGAUGAUUUUCCAGGGGGAGUCAUUGGGAAAAUUCAUGCCACAGAUCAGGAUGUAUAUGAUGUCCUCACAUACACACUAAAAUCAGAGCAGAAAAGUCUGUUCAAGGUUAACAGCCAUGAUGGGAAAAUCAUUGCCCUUGGAGGACUGGAUGAUGGCAAGUACAUCCUGAAUGUCUCUGUCAGUGAUGGCCGGUUCCAAGUACCCAUAGAUGUUGUGGUCCAUGUUGAACAAUUGAUACAAGAAAUGCUGCAGAACGCAGUCACCAUCCGUUUUGACAAUGUUUCCCCAGAAGAUUUUGUGGGCCUUCACAUGCACGGGUUCAGGCGGACCUUACGAAAUGCAGUGCUCUCCCAAAAACAAGACAGCCUACAUAUCAUCAGUAUUCAGCCUGUGGCAGGCAGCAAUCAGCUUGACAUGCUGUUUGCAGUUCAGAUGCACAAUGGUGCUUUUUAUAAGCCUGCCUAUUUGAUUCAGAAGCUUACCAAUGCAAGGAGACACUUGGAAAAUGUGAUUCGUAUUUCUGCUAUCUUGGAGAAGAAUUGUUCUGGACUGGAUUGUCAGGAACAACACUGUGAGCAAAGUCUGUCUAUUGAUUCACAUUCUCUGAUGACCUAUAGCACGGCACGAAUUAGUUUUGUGUGCCCCCGCUUUUACAGAAAUGUGCGCUGCAUGUGCAAUGGAGGGCUGUGUCCUGGGUCUAACGAUCCUUGUCUGGAGAAGCCAUGUCCAGGGGAUAUGCAGUGUGUGGGGUAUGAAGCUAACCGAAGACCUUUCAUCUGCCAGUGCCCACCAGGAAAGCUUGGCGAAUGCUCAGGCCACACUUCCCUUAGCUUUGCUGGGAAUAGUUACAUUAAAUACCGAGUGUCUGAAAAUAGCAAGAAAGAGGAAUUCAAGUUGGCUCUACGUCUGCGAACCCUGCAAAGCAAUGGGAUUAUAAUGUACACCAGAGCGAAUCCCUGUAUAAUUCUGAAGAUUGUGGAUGGCAAACUGUGGUUCCAGUUGGACUGUGGAAGUGGCCCGGGAAUCCUGGGAAUUUCUGGCAGGGCUGUUAAUGACGGAAAUUGGCAUUCGGUCUUCCUGGAGCUGAACCGCAAUUUCACGAGCUUGUCCCUCGAUGACAGUUACGUGGAGCGCCGCAAAGCCCCCCUGUAUUUCCAGACUCUGAGCACAGAUAGCUCUGUGUAUUUUGGAGCCCAGGUCCAAGUGGAUAACGUCCGGAGCCUGACGGACAAGAGAACAACACAGGUCUUGAGUGGCUUUCAAGGCUGCCUGGAUUCAGUUGUCCUAAAUAACAAUGAACUGCCGCUCCAGAACAAGCGCAGCAGCUUUGCAGAAGUGGUUGGCCUGACCGAACUAAAGCUUGGCUGUGUUCUCUACCCUGACGCCUGCGAGAGGCAUCCGUGCCAGAACGGUGGGACCUGUACGAGCGUGCCAUCUGGUGGCUAUCAGUGCAACUGCCUCUCCCAGUUUACUGGAAGAAACUGUGAGUCAGAGAUUACUGCCUGCUUCCCAAAUCCCUGUCGAAAUGGAGGGUCAUGCGAUCCCAUCGGCAAUGCAUUCAUUUGCAACUGCAAAAAUGGCCUGACAGGAGUAACGUGCGAGGAAGAUAUCAACGAGUGUGAGAGAGAAGAAUGUGAAAAUGGUGGCUCUUGUGUCAACAUAUUUGGUUCAUUUCUGUGUAACUGCACUCCUGGCUAUGUGGGGCAAUACUGCGGCCUUCGGCCUGUGGUGGUACCCAACAUACAAGCUGGGCAUUCAUAUGUCGGCAAGGAGGAGUUAAUAGGAAUAGCUGUGGUCCUGUUUGUCAUAUUUGUGCUGAUCGUCCUCUUUAUCAUUUUUCGCAAGAAAGUGUUCAGGAAGAACUAUUCACGCAACAAUAUCACCCUUGUACAGGAUCCGGCUACUGCCGCCCUGCUCAACAAGAGUAACGGCAUCCAAUUCAAGAACAUACGGAACAGUGGAGACAGCAGAAAUAUCUACCAAGAGGUUGGGCCUCCACAAGUUCCUGUGAGGCCAAUGGCCUAUACCCCAUGCUUUCAGAGUGACUCGCGGAAUAACCUGGACAAGAUAGUGGAUGGGCUUGGGGUAGAGCACCAGGAGAUGACGACAUUUCAUCCUGAGUCCCCUCGAAUACUGACAGCAAGGCGGGGUGUUGUAGUGUGUAGCGUAGCUCCAAACUUGCCCGCUGUGUCUCCCUGUCGCUCUGACUGUGACUCCAUCAGGAAGAGCACCUGGGACGCCGGGACAGAAAGUAAAGGGGUUGAUGACGCUGAAGAAGUGACCUGUUUUGCAGGAAGUAAUAAAGGCAGCAACUCUGAAGUACAGUCCCUCAGCUCCUUCCAGUCUGAUUCGGGUGAUGACAAUGCUUCCAUAGUGACUGUCAUACAGCUUGUCAACAAUGUAGUUGACACUAUAGAAAAUGAAGUGUCUGUAAUGGAUCAAGGACAGAACUACAACAGAGCUUAUCAUUGGGAUACCUCUGACUGGAUGCCAAGUGCGCGUUUAUCCGACAUUGAGGAAGUGCCCAAUUUUGAGACAGCAGAUGGAGGCUCCGUUCAUCACGGCAGUACCAGAGAGCUGGAAACAGAUUACUACCUUGGUGGCUACGACAUCGACAGUGACUAUCCUCCCCCUCAUGAAGAGGAGUUUUUAAGCCAGGACCAGUUACCACCUCCUCUUCCAGAGGAUUAUCCGGACCAAUAUGAAACCCUUCCGCCCUCGCAGCCGGUCUCAAUGGCAAGUACGCUCAGCCCCGAUUGCAGGCGACGGCCACACUUCCACCCUAGCCAAUACCUCCCUCCUCAUCAGUUCCCCAACGAGACGGACACUGCAGGGUCUCAGACUGGGAAUGAAUUUAGUACUUUUGCUGUUGGCCCAAGCCAGAACACAGAAAAUGUUGGUGCAGGUAAGAUGCCCUUAUCCUUGCACAACUCUCUAGAUGCCUCCUCCUCUGAUGUCUCAGCCAGCUGUGGCUUUGAUGACUCCGAAGUAGCCAUGAGUGACUAUGAAAGUGUGGAGGAACUCAACCUAGAAAAUGUACACAUUCCGUUUGUGGAGACCCAGCAUCAGACACAAGUGUAAAGGAAACUCACUUCUUCUUCUUCCUCUUCUUCUUUUUUUUUUUUUUUUUUUUUGGUCAUCUGGUCCAAUUAAUAGUAUAAAUAUUGAGAAGAAAUUUUGCUAAAAGUGUAUCUAUAUAUAUUGGGCAAGGAAAAAAUACACUAUAAUCCAUUAUUAACUUGUUCAGAAAUGAUACUGUAUGUGCAGACACAAAGAGACCGAUCAUGUUAAGUGUUACACAUCACAAAAUUGUUCCAGACAAUCUGGAGAGUGUGUACCCUCUAUUUAUUAGCAAGAGUAAAACAGAGCUUUUGAGGCAGGGGGAAAAAAAAUCUCCUUGCUAGAUAAUUUCUUUCUUUAUGCCCUCUUCCCCCAGGGUUUGGGUGUUUUUUGGUAUUGUAUUAUUAAAAGUGUUACAGUGUUAUAAUCUCCCCACAGUAUUAAUGAACUGGUAUGGAUCAUUCCAAGACGCAUUGUUGCAUGAAAUUUUAUGUCAGCAAAAGAGUGAAAACAAUUGAUUGCUGAGGCUGCUUUGUACAACAGUUCUGAUGGCUUAAAAACAGCAUUUAACAUUGAUGUAUUGAAGACAAGCUGCCAGUCAUUUGUCCAUAAAAACACACCUAUAAUUUUGUUUGUUUUAUAGCAUUUCAUUAUAACUUGGGGGCAUAUAGAGAGGCAUAUAUGCAGUGUAUGUUUACACCAAAUUGGCCUAUCUUGGGUGCCAUUUUUUAGAACCUAAUCUCAGAUGUGUGACAGACUUCACCUGUUAGAACUUCUAAAAACAUCAGAUUUUGACUCACUAGUGGUCCAGUUCUGCCCCUAGCUAAGUAUGUAUGGCUUCCCUUGCCUUCUGUAGGCAAUGUGAGUACACAUCUGAAAACAGUCUGGAAACCUAGCUAUCUAGGAAGUACUGCUGAUGAUUUGACAUUCCUUGCUUGGGCAAUAGCCUUUUUAGCAGUAAUCAUGGUACAAUUAUUGCAGUAAAAUUAGUUGCAUAUAAUGGUGCUAUUAUCUCAAAUUUUUAGUCUACCAUAAUUUGGCAAAUGUCCAUCCCUACUGUUUAUAGGAUGACUUCUCAGCUGCUGUAAACUGGCUCAGUUGAUGGAACGGCAGGGAUGGAUUGUAGCCAGAGAUCUGGCCCUAGAUUUUCAGCUGGAUGUGUGAUUUCAUGGAAUUCCAGGCUUUCCAAAGGACGCUUGCAGACUUAAGAAUAUUGUUGUGGAACGAGGAAAAGAACCACUUCAGUGUAUUUUUAUGCUUUCCUCAGCCUGGCUGGAGUAAAUGGCCUUUCACACUGAUUGGCCUGAGCAGCUAGGUAUGAUAUGGAAAUGCAAGAUUUUCACUCAAUUUAUUAAAACAGAAUAUAUGUGCCCUUUGCUCAGUGCUAUGAAAAUGUUUUUACCGCCACCAUUUUGCAGCAUCUCAUACAGUGAGUGUGAGUCUGCAGCAUGCAUUACUGCUGAGAUUUCAUCCAUUCUUUCCACAGCAUAUUUCAGUCAUUUUGAUAAGCUAUUGAAUAAGUAAAGCGUUGUUACAAAUGAACAGGUACAUCAACAGGUUUCCCAUGCUGCUUUCCAUAUCCUGUCUCUUGGUCAAGCAUCUUAACUGAAUAGUUUCAGCAGUUAUAUUCCAGGCAAUGUAUUCUCUACUGACCUGAGUUUUAUCCAAAAUUAAAUUGUGAUUACAUGACAUACAGGAACUGUUUAUUCAAAAAAUUACUCCCCAAAAAAAGAAAUUAAUAAUAGAACGUAAUUUAAACAAUUGCAGCUCGUAACACUUUUAAUAAAACAGGAUCUCUAAACUUCAUGGAGUAGAUGUGCUAUGUUGCUUCCCUCCAGUAGCUUAUGUAUCAGUGAAAGUUUGGUGUAGACCUUUUCUUUGGGAUCAUGCAGCAGUUCUUCAUUGGAAAACAGCUCGUUAUUCAGAGGUACAUGAAUAAAUUGAGUGAACUUCUAGAAAAGCCAUGUACUGCACAUACAAGUAAUAUCAGGUACUUGUCUGCAUAUGGUUCCUGUUCAUUGAAUUUAUGAAUGUCACUUGGUCUUCUCAAAGUAAACAUGCUUCUGUAACAGUGAUAUAUUCUGAAUGUGCUCAUGGUACAUUUCAACCCCUUUUCCCUGCUUUGUCCCAGUGUUUUCAAGGGGGAAAAAAUGGAAAUUUGUAUCGCGAUUGCAAGGAACUGAGGGAUUUGCUGAUAAACCAUGAAAUGAUUUGGCAAGUGUUGAGGCGCAGAUAGAGGAUGACUUGCAUUGCUCAUGAUGUUUAUGUUGCUGGAAAGCAGGUGCAAGAAUUAGAUUGAUGCCUCCUCAAGAGUAGGAACAUUGAGUUUGAAAAAUAAAGCUGCAAGUUUAGCUGCUGUGCAGUGAUUUUAAAGCUGAUAUGACUUUCAGAGAAUGUAAUACUCUCUUAGCAUCUGGCUGCAGUAUUUAUGCAGUUUGCUCCUAGUCAAUUUUGGUGUGAUACCUUUAAAUCUAUUAUGCAAUUAGUUCUAUUUUAGCCCCCAGCUAGUUAUGAAGUGUACUUGUCAUCUUGAUAGUGAAAAAUCUUGAGAAAGCCAGAGACACUGAUAUCAAAACUUUACUGGGACAUAUCAAAAGUGUCGCAAGGGAAAACACCAUUGGGAGCCUAGCAAUUGCCAUACAAACAAAUCAAUGUUUUUUACUAAGCUUGUUGCCUCAGUAAUAUCUUGUUGGUAGUGAGUUUUACUAGUAAAAGAUGCAUAAAUACAAUGUAUAAUAUUUUUUUCUGUUUUAAUGUUGUUGCCAUUUCAUUUCACUGAACACCUACUUAUUAAAGUGCUGUUGGGAAGGGUGCCAAGGAUCACCUGUUUAGCCUUCUCUGUCCCACUCAUGACUUCUAUACCUCAAUAUCUCCUCCUCUCCAAAUCAAACAGGCCUAGUCUGAUCUCUCCAUCUUCAAACAAUGCCCCUCUGUGAAUAUUAUCACUUCUGUGGCCUUUCUGGUUUCAUUCUGGCUCUUUUCGAUAAAGUGAUUAAACCUGAAUGCAGAUCUCAAGGUGAAAUACCUCCUAGGGAGUAAGAUUUUCCUGUUAAUAUCUCUCUCAUUAAUCCAAACAACCAUCUUAUUUUCUUUUUAAUUACGGCUGUACAUUGGUGGGCCCUAAUCUUUUAAGCUGGGAAGUUACAACAUAGUCACAACCUAACAUGAAUAUAUUAGGGUUCAUAUUGUUUCGUCCAAUAUAUAUUUCUUUGUCUGCCAGGUGAUGAUUUUUAUAAAGCUGCUGCUGUUUUUCCUAGGUCCCUGGUUCUGUGAGAGCUCCCCUUGACAUCUCUGCUGCCUGUCUGGCCUUAAUCCUGUGUGUCUGUAUUUCAGUUCAUAUUCCUGUAGAUGGCUCCACUAUACGGUACUUUCUUUCAGAAUCAUCUCUAGGAGAGGUUUCAUAGGCAAAAGUACAGCCUAUCAGCUGAUAAUAUCCCUUGGGAUCAAAACAGUUUUUGCCUUUUGUAAAGAAGCAAGGAGAGAAAGAAGCAACUUGUUAAGAUGCUAAUACAUGCUUGUAUCAAAAAACACUAAAUUUGCCAGGCGUGUGAGUGUCUGACUGAAAGGGUGCAUGUUCUCUGUGUUUUGAUCAGGGGUCAGAAUGUCAUACACGCUGACAGCCCUCUCAAUAAUUCUGGCAAUGGAAAGAGCCUUAAAGCGACUGACAGCACAAUUUAUGUUGCCAAUACCAUAUUAAGUGGCCUCGUGCAAAAGGAAAAAUUAGGCUUAUGUACUUUUCUUAAAUAUCCUAAUUAUUCCGCCUUUAAAUUAUAAACAUCCUACAAAAAAAAAAAGAAAAGCUCACAAAACCAUAUUCUUAGAGGUACUGGAUGUGAUGGCUGUCCUGAUCAAGUGUCUUUUGCAGACCAAAGGACCAAAGGUGACACCGUGACACCAAGGAGCUGCAGCAUCACUUCCCUCCCGUAGGGCCAAAUAGACAGCCCCUCCAGAAGACAACUGUAAAGUGGCCUUCUGAGGACCCUCCUGUAGGUCACAGCAUAUGAGGGUGACCAGGAGAGGAUGUAGCACUGGAGAGACUCAUUACAGUGCUGUGAUUUCCAGGCAGCCCAGAAAGGUUUCUGUAACUUAUUACCAUCCUUGAUCCUGAGUUAUCCCAUGGGUUUCUUAAGCCUGUAGAGCAGUACGAGGCUGGAAGGAGUCAAAGGCUUCUCACAGCCACUGUUUCCCUUAAGGCAAAACGUUGUGUGCUCCAUCUCUGUAUUAGGCUCUCACCCUUUGUAUGUUCCGUAGACAAGAUAAAUUUUGGUUCUCAGAUUUUUUUAUUUUUCUGAAUCCCCUAGCACGAUCGGAGUCAGUGCUAGCCUUGAUAUAUUGGUACCCUCUCUGAUCAGAAACUCAGACUGAAUACAAUACCGUAAGGAAAUACAUGCCACUGAUAUGCUGAUUAUUAAGAAGGCAGCAGCCUGUUGUCCCUGAGAGCCCUGCAGAUAGUCAGCUUUGAGAAUAUGAUAUAAAAAUUAUUGCUCUAUUAGCAUAAAUUCCAUUGUGAAGAGAAAGGUGGCCUGGACAGGAAAAAGAUCAUCAUAACACAGCUUUACUGCGCGUCAAGCUCCUGUUUGAAAAAAUCAUUAAAAUGAAUGGUGUGGCAGUUCUUUAUAGCCAGUAACGAUUCCAGACACAGGAGAGCGUUGAAGGUGCCCUGGACCAGUUCAGCUUGGCUUUGUCUGUAAAGGUAGCAUCCGUCAUAAUGGAGAACAACAGCUGUUUGAAACCAGUAGUGGAAGUACGUCUGCGCUUUGUUGGAAUUUUUUGGAACUAUUAACUGAGUAAUCAUGGACAUUUCAAAGGUUUCCAAAGAGAGAGCUACAUCUCCAGGUUCACUGUGUGAUACAAGGUCUGUGGUAAAACUCUGCUUUUUGCCUGUUUGCAUCUCUAUUUCUCUCAAUACACCAAACAGUGAUUUGAGCCCUAGAACUUUAAAGUAUUGCCCAUUAUGCAUGGCCUUUAGUCUGUGUUUCAUGAACUUGACUUUUAACAUCUCCAUUAUCAAAAGGGGCAUGCAGUUAGUAAAGGAGCUGCAUCAUACAAGGGGUGGGCGGAUGGGGAGGAAAUGAAAUUAAGUUCAUUUCUUUAUGUAAUAAUGAAAAGCAAUAAUUACAAAUAUGUCGUAUUACACAAAGGCCAUAAGUAAUCUUUACCAGUGUUAAGAGUGCACUUGAACUGUAUUAUGGAAAGAGAUUGGAGCCCUCAGAACUGUAGCAUUCUUCUGUCAUAUGAAUACCUGAAUUGCUAUUAUUUAACAAGUGAAUGAGCCCAUACUGCUGCUUUUCAGGAAGUGACAAAGGUGUUUAGGAAUGAAAGCAGUUCUCUUUAAAGCACUGUAUC